GGGUAGCUUUGUGUCAGUGACGAGGAGGCAGAAGAAGAGAUGCCGAGCAGCCACUUUAUGGGUUCAUUGUCAACUCCGAAAGUUGACGUCGCGAUUGACACGGGCAAUCCUUUUCUCAAUGCCUCCGUUGAUGGGUUCUUGAAGAUCGGAACUGUUGCAGCCACCAGGGCACUGGCGGAGGAGGUAUACCACGCUGUAGACAAAGGAAACCUUUCAAGUCGCAGUGUGGAGCAUGCGCUCAAGAAGAUGUGUAAAGAAGGUGCUUAUUGGGGAACUGUGGCUGGAGUAUAUGUUGGAAUGGAGUAUGGAGUAGAGAGGGUUCGCGGCACCAGUGACUGGAAAAAUGCAAUGAUAGGAGGUGCUAUCACGGGGGCACUGAUUUCUGCAGCAAGCAACAAGAGCAAAGACAAGGUUGUGAUUGAUGCCAUCACAGGAGGUGCCUUGGCAACUGCUUCAAAGUUUAUCAACCAUCUCACCUGAAAACUGGAAGCUGAUUUUGCUGCGUGUUCUUUAGGAAUUACCAUGUAUCAUGCCCCUCUUUUCAUUUUCAUCAUGCAAUAAUCUAGUUGUAGAAAGACAGGCAGUUGAUGUGAUGAAAUGAAACUGAUAAGAAUAAUUGUGGUGCUAGUUAUCUUUUCUUUCCUUCAAGAAUCUUUGUGUAGAUGUGUGGGAUUUUUGAGGAAACAAGAUGCAUUGUUCACGUACAUAAUGUGAGUAAAUGUUAUUUUCUGCU